AGAAUGCGUUCGACUAUUAAACUGAGCCUCCUCUAUGUGCUACUGGUCCUUUGGGGCGGUGGGGGUUCAGCCAUUAGCUCAAUAGACCCGGACUGGUCGGAAGAGGGGAGAUGUCAGCACAUCAACAUCCCCCAGUGCAAAGACAUUGGCUACAACAUGACUCGCAUGCCAAAUCUUAUGGGCCACGAUGACCAAAAAGAGGCAGCAAUAAAGCUGCAGGAGUUUGCCACGCUGAUACAGUUUGGAUGCCACAGUCAUCUCAAAUUUUUCCUAUGUUCCCUGUAUGCUCCCAUGUGCACGGAGCAGGUGUCAAACCCCAUCCCAGCAUGCAGAGUCAUGUGUGAGCAGGUCAAGCUGAAAUGCUCACCCAUCUUGGAACAAUUUAACUUCCCCUGGCCCGACUCUUUGGACUGCUCCCGGCUGCCGACCAAAAACGACCCGAACAACCUUUGCAUGGAGGCUCCCAACAACGGCUCAGAUGAGCCCCCCAAAGUCUCCCACACCCAGCCCCCAGAUUUCAGGCCACAGCGGCCUCUGAGCGGCCAGGACCUGCACCUUAAGGACAGCGGCAGCAAGCAGACGUGCAGCAACCCUGGCAAGUUCCACUUUGUAGAGAAGAGUGAGUCCUGUGCCCCCAAAUGCUACCCCAAAGUGGACGUUUACUGGAGUCAGGGAGACAAGCAGUUCUCUCUGGUGUGGAUAGCCAUCUGGUCCAUCCUCUGCUUUGUCUCCAGCGCCUUCACCGUGCUCACUUUCCUCAUAGACCCGCAGCGCUUCAAAUACCCGGAGAGGCCGAUCAUCUUCCUCUCUAUGUCCUACUGUGUUUACUCUGUGGGCUACCUCAUCAGACUUUUUGUGGGAGCUGACAGAAUAGCCUGUGACAGAGACAAUGGGGUUCAGUAUAUUAUCCAGGAGGGUCUGGAGAGCACCGGCUGCACUAUUGUCUUUCUCAUCCUGUAUUAUUUUGGCAUGGCCAGCUCCCUCUGGUGGGUUAUCCUGACCCUCACAUGGUUUCUGGCAGCGGGGAAGAAGUGGGGUCAUGAGGCCAUCGAGGCCAAUAGCAGCUACUUCCACCUGGCAGCGUGGGCCAUUCCGGCCGUGAAGACCAUCAUGAUCCUGGUGAUGAGGAAGGUAGCGGGAGAUGAGCUGACGGGCAUCUGCUACGUGGGCAGCAUGGACGUCAAAGCUCUCACGGGCUUUGUGCUUAUUCCUCUCUCCUGCUACCUUAUCAUCGGCACUUCCUUCCUGCUGUCCGGCUUCGUGGCCCUCUUCCACAUCCGUAAGAUCAUGAAAACGGAGGGAGAGAACACGGACAAGCUUGAGAAGUUGAUGGUUCGCAUCGGGGUCUUCUCCGUGCUCUACACUGUCCCGGCCACCUGCGUCAUCGCCUGCUAUUUCUACGAGAGGCUCAACAUGGACUACUGGCGCAUUGUGGCAGCGGAGCAGAAGUGUGUGGACAGCAGUGGGCCGGAGUCAGACGAGUGCGCCAUGAAGACUUCCAUCCCCGCUGUCGAGAUCUUCAUGGUGAAGAUCUUCAUGCUGCUGGUGGUGGGCAUCACUAGCGGCAUGUGGAUCUGGACCUCAAAGACACUGCAGUCAUGGCAGAACGUGUUCAGCAGGAAGCUAAAGAAGAGGACGAGGAGGAAGGCUGCCAGUGUGUUCACCAGCAGCAGGCCUUACAUCAAACCUCACCCAUCCCUCAAAGGGCACAGUACUAAGUAUGAGCCAACACGGCCGCCUCCAACAUGUGUAUGAGCUGGCUCUCUUUGUAUAAACCCCAAAAACACUUGUAAAGCCCUUACCUAAAUGAGACUUUGUAAUCAGAGUGCCAUCAAAAGAAUCAAGGUUUAUGUUUUAUUUAUGCUAACUGCGUUGGAGAUAAUGCAACAUGUUUUUGUUUUUUUUAUGUGUGUG